CGAAGUCAAAUAACGUUGAGCUGUAGCUGCAUGUGUAUACCGAAGCUGCGAAGGUGUCGUGCUGUGUUGCGUGCUGGUGGGUCCUUCUUCAACUUCCCACGUAAAGUUUUGGCACCCCUGCGGCUCUUGUAUUGUAAGGUCUGCCACCGCUCAGGGUCCUGCCCUCAUGCCCGCCCUGUCUUCAACAAGAAACCUGGUAUUGUGGAGCCCGCCGCCCGGUAGCUGAGGCAAUCCUCGACCGUCUCCAGUCCUGGUCCAACCAUGAUGCUUUGCGGAUAUUUGCCUUCGCGAGCCCGGGUGGGUGCCCUUCCUCACCUUCAUGCGCCCGCCCUUCGAGCCACCCAGGCGGAUCUUGAAACGGGUUCAUGUCUUCGGCUCAUCAAUCGACGCAAUGUUUGAGUUUCCUCCCCGCCGGGUCGUCCUCCCAGCCUGUCCUCUCCCAGACACCUAAAAACAGGCCUGCCCACCCACGCCGUCGGGCUCUGCAAGUGAUCGACAUCCGACUAUUCCUGCCCGACGACAGAAAUACUUGAGACCGUGGGCUCCUGGGAGCUGCCGUCCGUCCUGCACUGUUCCCACAUCGGCUCCCACACUCACUCAGAUCCCAUCGACAUGAGCAACAGCUCCGCCAUACUGGGCAACCCUCCCAAUAACCAGGAUGACUUCUUCAUCGUCCAGGGCAUCUUCCGGUCCGCCGGCCUCUUCAGUGCAAACGCCAGCAGGGGGUGGAUAACCGUACCCAAGGAGCCCGCCGGCUAUGUGUACGAAACGAAACAGCCAGCCAUUAUCGCCGGCAUGGUUCUCGUCAUACUGGUUAUUUCCAUCGUCACGGCCACGAGGCUGGCACUGAGGUAUUACAGUGCAAAAAUGGUCUUUGGCUCUGAUGACUGGGUGAUAUUGGCCGCUGCUUCCAUAGCAGUCACAUAUCCGAUCCUGCAGAUCCUCAUGGUGGUCCAGGGCGGCGCGGGCCACCACGUCUGGGAGGUGACGUACGAGCAGUACAACGUCUACGCCUACUACGGCCGCGUGUGCCAGAUCAUAUUCUACAUCGCCGUCGGCCUGAUCAAGAUCUCCAUCACGCUCUUCAUCCGGCGCAUCGUCGACUGCAUCUCCCGCUUCUGGACCAUCGUCACCGACCUGUUCCUCGCCGUCCUGGUCGCCUACGUGCUGCUGGCCACCUUCUGGCAGGUCCUCCUCUGCCGCCCGCCGCGCGCCAGCUGGGACCGCCGGUACGCGGGGAGCCUGGCCUCGCCGGCCACGUGCCUGGACAACACCCUCUCGGUGCGCACCCUGCGGGUCGCCCACCUCAUCCUGGGCGUCCUGCUGCUCCUGAGCCCCGUCGUCAUCCUCUGGAACGUGCGCAUGCGCUGGCAGAAGAAGGCCCGCCUGUUCCUCAUCUGGGCCGCCGGCGCCCUGAGCGUCAUCGGCGGCCUCCUGCAGCAGCUGCAGACCAUCUCCAAGGACUCGACCUGGAGCUACACCGACAUCCUCGUCUGGACCUGCCUCGACCUCUGCAUGGGCACCAUCACCGCCUCCCUGCCCGUCAUGGACGGCUGGCUGUUCGGCUCCUGGGGCGGCACCGUCAACGGCGGCGGCAGCUCCGCCGCCGCCGCCGCCCACGCCCGCGCCCACGGGAGCAGCAUCGCCACCGUGGGGAGCAGCGCCUUCAGGAGGCCCGCCCCGCCCGGGUCCACCUCGCAGGAGAACUUCAUCAGGGUCGACCAUGAGGUGGAGCUGACGUACACGCCGUCCAAGAGCCCCGGCGGCAGCCCGUUCGACAGCGAGGCCGCCUUCUCGAAACACGACGGCGCAGCAGGCGGGGGCUCGGGCGAGUGGGAUCGCCAGGAGCUGCCUCCUCCUGCCCGCAGCUAAUGCGCCGCGCAUGCCGUGGCCCUGGCAUCAAUGUAUAUAUACGAGAUAGAUUUUACGCCAUGUCAUAUACAGCACAUGAGGCAUGAAAAUACGAUACCCCUUUACUGCC